GCCAGCGUUCAAAACAAGAUGUAAGUGCGAGACCCACUACUGUUUCGCAACGCCCCGUCGCCGACAUUGACCCUUUCGCUCGUUUAGAUCGAACGAUCUACCACUUAGCCAAAAGAUGCGGAUCCGGGGCAUGGGACGAGUGGUUAUAAGGAGAGCGUGGAGGCGAUGGGGAAGAGGGGUGUGGAUGUGCCUGGCUGGGGAAGGUCGAGGGUUGUGCGCGGUGUUGGGGCCGCUUGAGUGUAGGACGCAUCGAUUUUGAUAUUUUGAGGACAGCUGAUGACGAUGUGCGGAUUCUUUCUCGUUGUAUAUGUUUACUUCUUGGAGAGCGUGUAGGUGCUAGGUGCUAGCACAAUAGUCGUGUCAUUUCACGACUGGUAUCAUGCUUAUGUGCCAUGGCCUUGCUGGCGCCUACUUUGUUACCGCAACCCAAUCCGUCUUCGCCAACAGCCUACUGCGACUAGGUACUGCUUCCGACAUCGACCCCAUUCAGGUCCUUGCUACUGGAGCAUCUGAGAUCCAGCAUGUAUCCCGUAGCAGCUACCUGGUCACUGUUCUGCAUGCUUCUGUGUUCGGGAUCAAAGAUGUCUUUGUCAUUUCCUUUCCCGGUGCAGCAUUCACCGUUCUUUGCGAGACUGCCUAGCCACGACAAAAACGCAGACUGAGGAGAAAGAGAUCGUGGCUCCGCUGUAGUAUUUGCUAUGCGCAGCUUCGGACGCCUGGG